AUGGGGUGCUUUCCAGCUUGCUUCACUUCUUCUUCCACUUCUAAGCGCCGAAAACGCCACAACUCAGACCAAGGCCUUCAAACUACUGAAGCUGUUCAACAAAUUGAACCUGCAAAGAGAGAGAGCGUUGGUGAGCUUAUCAAACUCAUUAGAGAAUCAAAGGAGGAGGUUGAGGAGCAAGUAAGUUGCGCUGCCAAAAAGAGGGUGACCUUUGAUUUGAACGUUAAGAGCUAUGAGGAGUUAUCUGCCAAGGAAGUCGCCUGUGAUUUGGUGGACGGUAAAGAAGAGAAAAGGAGUGGAAAUGAAGAGGAAGCGCCAAAAGAAAUUGAACCCAUUUUGGAUACUAUUGCAUUAAGCAAAGUAGCAUGCUUUACCCCUAGCAAUAGGUACCAAAAUUGCAGAAAAAGUACAGACGAAAGUGAGGAUUUAGGACUAGAAGGUAUCGAUUUGGAAGAAGAUGAUGACGAUGGUAGUUAUGGUGCUGACGAUAAAGAGGUAGUGGUGCAAGAGGAGUCUUCUGAAUCACUGUUUUCUCUAUCAAUAGAUUCUAGGAAACGAGUGUGUGAUGCCGAGAAAGGCGAAAAGGAGGUAAAUAGUCCAAUGCCAAUCCGCAGUUUCUCCGAGGAGGAAGUCAAGACAAAGACAACGGGGUCAUGCCGAAAUGCUGGGAAAAGGUGUCACUUUGGUGAUUCAGUGUUGAGCCCAAUUGAGAACUUUACUCAACGGAAGGAGGUCAAGAAAAGGCCAGUGUCAACAUUUAUAAAGCAUCAAGAAAAGGAGAAUAUCAGUUUAGAGAAAGAUGUGUCUAUAUUCAUCAGUCCGGAGCCUAGUUUGCGUAGUUCGAAACUGAAUUCAAGUGAAAUGAAGCAUGCCACUGAGCAGGAAAUUGGGGUGGACACCAGCCUCUCUAGCUGGUUGGUUGGUUCUGAAACGACAGUCAAAUCCAUAGCUAGUGACAACCAUUCUGUGCUGAAGUCAGAAUCUGAGGAAGAAAGAGAGCUUAAACAGGUUUCUGCUUUGUUAUCUCCAACAAGGUCAAGAAGCCACAGUCCUGAUGCAACUCCGGAAAUCGGUACUGUUGGGAGCUACUGGGUUCAUACACGGCAGAACAUGGAUCCAGAUUCAAGCUCUUCUGGUAAAAGAAUUUCAAUUCCAGAAAGAGAAAACAGAAAGGAUCAAGCAGGGAGUUGCAAUUCUACACCAUUUGAUGCCAGAUUAGGCAGGGCUUUGGACACGGGUGUUUGCUGAAGUUCAUCAUUUGACGUUUUUUUUUUUUCUACUUUUUUUAUU